AUGCUCGGAUCGCCAGCACUGCAGUUUGUGCUCAAUUCAUCCUGCGACAUGUUGCUCAGAAACGUCGCCACACCUCUGGGUGGCCUGUUGGCCUUCUGUCCCUCUCUAUCAUCCGCUCAAAACACUCCUUGUCAGACCACGACAGUGCAAGCAUCAGUACCUACCAACACCAAUGUCGCCCUCGGCUCUUACUCGUACUGCGGCGGUAACCUGGAUGUGACCGUCUACAUCGCCAAUGUCAACUACAACAAAGUGGUUACUCUGUACUACACAGAUAGCCAAGGUGAAUCUACGCCCUUGACAUCAGUCGCUCUCGGUUACAACUCCAGCAUCCCGAACACCAACUACGAGUUUUGGAGUGCAAACACUCCUGUCUAUCUCGACGGAAUCACCGAGCUGUUGAACCUUACCUAUCAGGCCAAGGACAUCGGGCAGACCUAUGUGCAACAAUUGCAGCUUGCCGUCAAGGCCAGCGGUGAUGCCCCUCCAGCCCCUGCAGCUAUCCCAUCGCCUUAUGCAACUCCAAGCGGCUUCUCUGAUGACAUUACUGCCUGGUUGGCUCCCAAGAAUGGCUCGCAAGCCGAUCUCUCAAAGACACGCAUGUUCCUGAACAUCAACCCCGACAUUGAUGGUGCUGCGAAGGGUACUGUGGUUGCUGCUCGAUCAGGACCUUCGUAUGACCAGAAGCUUCCGGACUACGAAUACGAUUGGGUCCGUGAUUCGUCACUGACAAUGGAAGUUGUCCGAUCUCUCUACGCGGCAUCCACAGUCGAUAAGUUUACCCGCAAGUACAAAGAUGCCAUGUUCCACUAUGCCGAAGGCAGAGCUGUCGAACAAAAUGAUCCAUCUCUUACCUUCGCCGGCCUCGGAGAGCCUAAGUUCUAUCUGAACAACACUGCCUUCACUGGUCCCUGGGGUCGCCCUCAAAACGAUGGACCCGCAACCGCAGCCAUCACACUCAUGGAGUUUGCCAAUGACUAUAUGAAGAAAGGCGGAAGCCUAUCAUCUGUUCGCGACCGCAUCUGGGACUCUAACGCCAACCCUCAAGAAGCGCCAGUAUUAAAAGACCUGCUGUUUGUCGCCCGCAACUGGAGCUCGCCUAGCUUUGAUUUGUGGGAAGAGGAGGAAAGUGCUCACUUCUACACACGUCUUGUACAACGUCGUGCUCUGGUCAUGGGCGCCAAGUUCGCAAACAUGUUGGGUGAUACAGCGACGAGCAACACUCUCUCGUCGGCAGCUACUCAGCUCACGGCAACUCUCGAUCAAUUCUGGAGCCCGAACAGGAAGCUCAUCCUCUACGAAUAUGGCCCCGUGUUGGCUGGCAAGAACUCAUUUAUCGAUAUUGCUGUUAUUCUUGGCGUUAUUCAUGGAUACGCUGGUGACGGUGUUUACUCAUACACCAACGACAGAGUUCUCGCCUCGGCUUUGAAGAUCUCGACCAGCUUCCUGAGCGUGUACCCGAUCGCCAAGACAAUCAAAGACUCACAGAGUCUUUCCCUUGGUAUUCCUAUCGGCCGUUAUCCCGAGGAUGUCUAUAAUGGUGUGGGCACUUCGCCAAAUAGAGGGUCGGUCAAUCGUGGCCAGAAUAUCUCGAAAGUAUAUGCUUACAGGCAAACAGCNAACCCAUGGUAUCUGACUACUGCCACCAUGGCCCAAUAUCUCUACUCAGCUGCCUCCGAGUAUCAGAAAGCUGGUAGCCUAACCGUCAACAAUGUCACUGCACCUUUCUUCGCCUACUAUGCACCAAAAGCUGGACUCAAAUCGAAGACAUAUUCCUCGAACACCAAAGAGUUUGCUGCGGUGAUUGCCAGUCUGAAGGGCUGGGGCGAUGCAUACAUCCGACGUAUCAAGUAUCACACACCAGCUGGUGGAAACUUGGCUGAAGAGUUCAAUCGCAACGAUGGCCACGCACAAGGAGCAUACGACCUGACCUGGAGCUAUGCUUCUCUCCUUACCGCUGCCUUUGCUCGUGCCGAGCUGUCGGGCGACGGAAGUUACGUCCAGAAGAUCGCAGCUCUGGCAUAUGAAUAG